AUGGAGAACAAGCCGAAGAGACACAGCAAGGGUCGACAAAAGAUCCCGAUGAAGAAAAUAGAGGGCAAAAGCAACCUACACGUGUCCUUCUCGAAGCGCCGGACAGGUCUCAUCAAUAAGGCCGGUGAACUGAGCAUCGUGUGCGGUGCGGAGGUUGCCGUUGUAGUCAUGUCACCUGCCGGAAAGAUCUACACCUUCGGCAGCCCGUCCGCCGACACAGUCGUCAAUCGCUUCCUCGCCCAAUACCCUAAUCCUAACCUGGAUUCUUCCACAAUGUCAGCACAUGAUCAUGACGAUAAUAAGCUCAGAGUGCAAUUACAAGUUAGCAAGAACAAUUAUUUAAAGGCUUUGGGUGAGUUAGAAGCCAGGACGGAGCAAGGAAAACCGAGUGAAACCAGGUGUUGGUGGGAGGAUCCGAUUGAUGAAUUAGGGUUACAGGAGCUUGAGCAUUAUAUUGCUUCGUUGGAAGUUUUGAAGAAGAAUGUGAUGAAUCGAGUGGAUAAGAUGGCAAUGGUCACGAAUCCAGCGGAUCAGAUGGCAAUGGUCAUGAAUCAAACGGCGAAUCAGAUGGCAAUGGUCAAGAAUGAAGCGGCGGAUCAAAUGGCAAUGGCGAGGGCGAGGGCUUCUCCGUCCACUACUUUUGAGCCUUUUGAUUCUUUUGAUCAGAAUCUGCCGAUGGAAGGCACUAGUUUUGGUAAUGAUUUUGGUAUUGAUUUUGGUAAUUGUGAUUUUGGUAACUUUGAUUUGGGUUAUUACUAG